UUCUCAAUUCUCAUGAUGAAGAAAGCUUCCAAAACUGAUAUGGAUCGUAUCUCGAAUUUGCCUGAAGAUAUCGUCCAUGAUAUUUUACGUCGACUCACCAUGUUAGAUAUUGCUCGAACCAGUUGUCUAUCCAAGGCAUGGAAAACCCUUGGUGUUUCUCUUCCCUACUUGAAUAUCGACCCGCAAGAGUUUGGACAUUACCGUGAUCUUCCUCACGGGUGGUUCAAGGAUUUCAUGGAAAACAAAAUGAGGAGCAUGAGAAUUUGUAUGAGGAUUUCAUUUGAAUUUGUUUUCAAAUUCAAGCUAUGCUUAGAUCUUGCACUAGUAAAGAAAUAUGUACAGGAGAUUGAAAGGUACAUAAAGCUAGUAUUCGAAACUGGUACUAUCAAAGAGUUCGAGUUCCAAAUCACCACGGACUAUUAUUAUAGGUACGCGUUUCCUCGUCACAAGUACACAUUUUCUCAUCACAUCUAUAAUGUUGAGACCUUAAAUGUGCUAAGGUUAAGUGGUAUGACACUAGCACAACCCUUUGGCGAUAUGAAGCUCUCAAACCUUCAGAUUCUAAGUUUAGAAGAGGUGAAUGUACGAGGACAGACUGGCAUUGGUUGGCUUUUUACUAGUUGCCCUAUGAUAAGGGAAUUAAGGCUUGUAAAUAUUAAUUUGUCACUAGCAGAACCCUCUGAGGAUAUGAAGCUCUCAAGCCUUCAGAUACUAAGGUUAGAAAAGGUGAAGGUAGACCUGCAACAUGGCAUUGAUUGGUUCUUUACUAGUUGCCCUAUGCUAAGGGAAAUAAGGCUUGUAAAUAUUGGUAAUUUGAAGAAUUUGAAGGUGUAUGGUCUUAGUCACCUCAAACAUCUAGAGAUUGAUUCUUGUCACGAGCUCAGGAGUGUUGAAAUCCAAGCGCCAGACCUUCAGAAUCUAGUCUUGUCUGAUGAGAUCAUGAGUUAUGGAUUUAUUUUGGAUUUGAAAAUAGACUCACAAACUUGUAAAAACUUAAGGAAACUAACGUUGUGCAAUUCCACCAUACAAGGUUCUACCUUCAGCCUUGUGUUUUCUGAAUGCAUAAACGUUGUGUCCUUGGUGCUGGACGGGUGUAUGAAUUUUUUUGAGAUAAGAAUUUCUAGUCAGAAGCUGAGGAAACUUGUUGUGACAAGAUGCUUCAAUCUUUGUGUGACUGAUGUUAGUGCUCCAAAUUUGACUUCCUUCAGUUUCUGCAAUUUCCUAACCACCAAAUUUUGUGAUGGCUCCCGUAUUUCUGUCCAACUCCUUGAGAAAAUUCGCCGCCGGCAAGAAUGCAUGCUUGACUUUGGACAAACGCUCUGCACCAAAAGUAUAUGGAUAUCUCUUUGGUUUCAUAAAUUUAAGGACAUGCAAGGCCAAAAGAUGGUUAUGUUCCCCAAGAGCGGGAAGUAUGAUGUCGUCGUAUUAGAAGAUUGGAGCUCUAUGGCAGAACUUCAGCUUAUGUCUAAGAUGUGUGAAGCAGCUGCAAAAACAAUUAUUACAACUAUGAGUUUCCUUGAUCUAGCUGAUUACAUGCUUGAGGGCUUUUAUGCUGGUAACAAGUUGGAAAAAGUUUUAACAAUCUCAUCCAAUGAUGAAAGCAAAUUUUAUGAGGCUCUAAAGAAGAAAUUGCCAGAAACAUUAUAUGCAGGUUACUCUUCUGUGGGUAUUGCAGAAACUAAAGUUGCUGCAUUCUUAUCAGAUGAAAAUAUUGGCAGUGACAUUGAUGACAUUGACGGUUAUCCUGUCCAAGUUCUCCUGAAGAAAGGGAUAACUAGAUCUUUGAAAGCAAUUCGAUUCACAAUCCUUUCUUAUGGAAAGUUCACUUUAUGGCAAGGCAUGUUCUCUGGAGGAAUAAACGAGGAAGCGAUUGAGGAGCUCACAGGGCAUUUUCUGCAGGGACAUUUCUAUAGAGGAAGCGAUUGAAGAGCUUGCAGGGCAUUAUGAGCAUUGUUGAGUAAAUUGCCCUCUCUAAAAUUUUCAAUUCUUAGCAAAUCUUAAUAUAGAGGUUACUUAUAUUUAAGUGUUAUUUUCAUUGAUACUCAAUUUUUUUUAUCUACUAGAUGCUAAUUGUUUACACUUUCCAUUGUUAUUUGAUUCAGUAAUAACCUGAAUUUUAUCCCCCAGGGUAUUGGGGUGUAUGAAAAAAGGUACUGCAAAAUGUGGUGUUUCUUUGUUCGUAGAUGUUAUGUUGGCCUAAAAUUAGUUUCAUGAACUGUAUAUUUAAACUCAGAUUGGUGGUGUUUGGAUCGAUGUGCUGUCGAGUGGUCUUUUUCGUUAUGACCUGUUGAUGGAGAGAACCAAUCUUGCUAAGAUGGAGAAUGUCUCUGAGUUUGCUUUUGAUUUCAAGAGAUGCUUUAUUGAAUAAAUGAUAUUUCCAAGGCUUGCGGCUUGGGAUUUGGAAAAAUAUGUUGGGUCAGUUUCCUUUUGUGGUCUAAUUAAUAUGAUGGUGGAUUUCUUAUAGGAUCUUUUGUUUCUAGUUUCUGGAAAUUAUUACCAGCAUCUAGACCAUUACAGUUAUA